CGACGUACGCCGACGACAGAAGCGUUCUCCUCGCGCCGCCGUCUGCGCGCGCGCCGCAUAACUUGAUUAACGCACAGAAAACUGAUUUAUUGUGUCGCGUUGAAAAAAUAAUCGGCCGCCGGUGAAGAAAUGUGAUGGAGGGACAAGAAUGGCGGGGCGAGUGGCAGCAACCGCGCCAACUCGAUGGUCUUGUAUCGUCGAGCGGAUGUCCUCGGGGUGGGUUUGCACUGUCUCAGUCGCUGGUUGAGCGGCUCGGUCGAGAUCAUGAGCAACUUCCCGUACUACCGCCGUUACAUCAUCCCAUCAGAGAUAAUUCAGUAUGCGCGCGCAGCACAUACUCCCCACUGCAGGCACUCAGUGAAAGUACAUGUCGAGAUCCAGGAGUGUCCGCACCGCCACCGCAGCCGCCGCCUAGAGUACAGGAGUUUGUCCAGCAGGCGUCGAACCAAAACGUGACUCUCCAUCCAGCGGUGGCACGAUGCACUGCGACGUUGGAACUGGCGGCCCUGUGGCGCAGCUUCCACGAGUUGGGCACUGAGAUGAUCGUAACGAAGGCAGGGCGGCGCAUGUUUCCCGCGCUGCAGGCCCGGCUGGCGGGCCUACUGCCUAACGCAGACUACUUGCUGCUGGUCGACUUCGUACCUCUUGACGACAAGAGAUAUCGAUAUGCUUUCCACAGUUCAAGUUGGGUGGUGGCGGGUAAAGCGGACCCGGUGUCGCCGCCGCGCAUCCAUGUGCAUCCGGAUUCACCCGCGCCCGGAUCUAACUGGAUGAGGCAGCUCGUCUCCUUCGAUAAACUCAAGCUGACCAACAACCAGCUUGAUGAUAACGGACACAUAAUUCUGAACUCGAUGCACCGCUACCAGCCGCGGCUGCACGUGGUGUACCUGCCGGGCGAGGGACAGAGCAGCGCGCCCGGCACCGUGCCCUACCGCACCUUUGUGUUCCCGGAGACCGGCUUCACCGCCGUCACCGCUUACCAGAACCAUAGGAUAACGCAAUUGAAAAUAGCGAGCAAUCCUUUUGCGAAAGGAUUUAGAGACUGCGACCCCGAUGAUUGUCCCCCCGAACAGAGUCAGCAGCGUGGCGGCGCGCGGCGGCGCGAGUCGUCGGCGGCCGAGGCGUGCCCGCAGCUCGCGCAGCCGUACGCCGCCGAGCUCAGCGCGUGCGGCCCGCUCUACCCGCCACACGCACACCCAGUGCGCUACCAGCCCCACUCAGGCCACAACAGCGCUUACAGUGCUUACUACGCUCACAGAUAGCUGGCUGUGUAACGACGAGCGAUAGUGGUAGUGAUUGUAAAGACACCGGCCGCCGCUGACCACAAUGCGAUGCGACAGAUAUGAGCGACCGUGUCGCUGAAACGCGCACCAUCUGUCAAUUUUACCGCCAUUUUGGGGGAUGAAAAAAAAGUGAUUUAUUGUGGCUCUAUGGAUGAUUUCUUUUUAAAUGAAUGAAACCGCUUUUGAGAUUAUUGUAAAAGGAAUAAUUACAUUGAUUUUUGUGUAAAGAGCCGCAAUAUUUUGUGUAGUGCGCUGAUUGUUUAUGGUAACAUUUGAAUUACGAAAGCAGCAUACCUACUCGUAUGACAAAAAUAAAACAACUGUUCUUAAAAGUCCAUAAUGCUAAAAAUGUAUGUCUAUGUAUGUAUCUAUUAGUCAAAUUCAAAAUGUUACCACAGACGUCCUAUAGGUCAAUGCGUAGCAGGAUUGUGAUUUGGGGCUAGGGAUCCGUAGGAAAUGUUCGGAAUUAAAAAAAAAGAUUUUGGUGAAAAAUUAUUGUGUAAAAUAUUCUUUUAGUGAGUAGUUUUGCGAGGGAAGAUAUUUUUUUUUGUGAAAAAGAUGUAUGUGAAAAUUAUAAAUUAGUUUUGGCGUUAUAAAUUAAUUAGUAGCGGUUAUUUGCCAGAUGGUGCAUAGGUUAUGUUAAAAAGUUGGUUUGAAAAACGAAAUAAAAAUAUAUUUUAUGUUACGCACACAUAAUUAAAUGUUGUAAUUUGGUUUAAUGAAAGCGUUUUAUCAGUGAAAUGUAUAAAUAACCAAAGGAAUGGGUUUACACCUAUGACUGCAGGAUUAAAAGCCAAAUAUUUGUAUAAGGUAUCUACGUACUAACAAAUUGUUUAAUCUCAAAUAUUACAUUUAUUGGUAAAGCACUGUUCCCCUGCAAUAGAUGUGCCUUAAAUAUUUAAAUGUACCUAAUUGAAAUUUAUUUUGUUACCACGUGUAAUGUAUUUAUUAUUAUAGUAUAAUAUAAUUUUGAUAUUUACCAAAACACUAGCGCAUUCGACUUCAUUUUAUUAGAAAAUGAAGUAAAGGAAUGCAACAGUCUAAAUGCCAAGUGCCAAAUAUAAACCAAAGGAACAUAGCUAAAGAUAAGAUAGAUUAAGAUUUAGUAAAUAUGUUUGGAUAUUUAUUUAAAUCUAUUAAAGUUGACGUAAGUCGGAAAUUUAUUUUAUUUUU